UCUUCUGUCUGUGGCAACUAUGCCGAACAUUUGCAAUCAGGACGCUCACGAAUAUCAGUAUGGGAUGCGUUGAGCUCGUUAGGAGACCUAGGUGUGAACCCAGAAGAAUUAGACGCGUAUUGUGUUUCUGAAUAGAAGGACCUGGGGAGGUAUGCGAGCAGCAGCGCUAGGAGACUCGACGAUCUCUUGGAAUUCAAAGGUAUCUUUCACGAAGUGUCCUAUUCGCCGUUUGUUAAACGCAGUUGUUAUUACAGGUUGCUAUCUGCAGGAGGGCCACGAAGGCGACGCGAUACCUUUUCUCGAUCCGCAGCCUUUGUUGGGCGAUUUUGACGACUAUGAUGACUCAUUCGACCAUUCAACGACCCCAGAUUUCCUCCCUCACUUCCCAGAUGUGACGCGUCGCGCCUGCGAAGUAUAUCACCAAAGCCAACGUGAAGCUCGAAAAGCCACUCUCACUCAUUCCACACCACAUAAACUCCAACACCGUUUCCGAUUGCGUGACGCAGGUCAACUACUCAAAGAGUCUAUCCUAGCUUCCACGCCAGAGUUGCACCUCUCCUCGUGCCCACCAGCUAGCGCCAUCUCCAAAAAACACCCACCUCACCUUCCAAUCCCCCAAACAGCACAAGCGCUCCAAACAUACCACCAUACCGUCACGCUUUUCGUCCCCUCCCAGCCCACCAAACCCCUUAAAGCACAAAAUACGCCAUACGCCAACAUUGCGCUCUGCCCACCUCGCGCCGAAGUCAUCGGCCCUUCCUACCCCGUCUCGCAGUCGACUCUGGACGACACACGUGCAGGAAAAGGCGAAAAAGAGUUCAAUAACAAACCUAUAUUCCCUUCUGCGCCACCCUGCCCUCCAUCUUCGCGUUUGCCAGAUCUCGCGCGUCAGAUCUUGCUUCCAUCAGCGCUCGCACGCACCGCGCGUCUCGCACAUCCACCCGCGUUACGGCGGGGUAACCAGAAACCCUAUCAUGACGCCGGUAUCAGGAACUCAUCUGGAUCAGGGGCGCCUACAGGCAGGAAAGGUAAAACCGAGGGUACAGCCAACGGACGCAGCAACGAACCUCCAACAUUCGUAUUACCCGACUCGGACGCAUGAUUGUUCGCUACGUGGGACU